AUGCAAUUCAAUCAGCGCACAGGCGCAAGCUCCAGAAAAUUAAUUUGGUUGCCCAAAACAGACCUUAUACCAUAUUUUUAUUGGGCUUUUGUUAUUGGAAACAUCGUUGUGUUUGAAAUUUUGACAAUAUUUGCGGUAAAAUAUAUGUUCAUGGGUGACCAUAAAAAAGAAAAUCUGAUCUGGGGCGUACAUUGGUUUGGAUAUGCUCUUUGUCAAACUAUAUUGGCUAUCGUGUUGAUAUACUAUGGACAAAUGUUGGUAUCUCUGGCUCGCGAAAGCAUUAAUCUGACGGUUUACGAAGCGGAGAAGGAAAAAUACAAGACUUUUGCCGACAGGAUGCGCUUGACUAAUAUAAGUCUAACCAUAGCCUUUGGCUGGUACAUAUGUGCUCUGUCAGCAAUGAGUUUUGCACCUGAUUUUAUCUAUUCAUCGGAGGUGAUUUCGAAAGUAAAUGCUGUCAUGUCUGAAAUAUGGUCAGGAUUGUGUGGAAUAAUCGUAGUCGCUGCUCUCCUAUACAGUGAAAGAACGUCCUCUAAAAAAGUAUCUUUCGAAGAUUUGACUUCAAUAUGGACCCUUUACAACCAAGAUGAAGAACGCAGCAUGACUGAGAUGUGA